UCGCUAGAGCCGGGUAACUUCCGGUGUCACUGUGUUAUGAUUCCUACGCAGCGCAAACCCCACGUGAAGACCAGCAAUAUCUUUCUGCCUUAGUAUUUAUUAUAUUUUUCUUUCGAGAUUUAAACAAUGCAUUUAACGCAAGAGUUGGAGCUUUUUCCUGACGUCAGAGUGACUCAGCUACUUUUUAAAGAAGUGAAAAAUGCUGCAGAACUGAGACAAAGUGCCGUGGACGGGAAAAUCAAUGGAGCUUUGAUCAACCCCACAAUGCUCGUAGAUCCUUUCCAAGUCCUGGUCGCUGCCAAUAAAGCGGUUUGUUUCCAGAAAAAUGGAAAAAUGAAGACGAGAGCUCUCUCCUCUGAGAUUAUCUUUAACCUUUCGCCCACUAAUAAGAUCUCAGAUGCCUUCAAGAGGUUUGGGAUCUCAGACGGUGACGACUGCGUCAUGGUUGUCGUGGUUCAAGACAAAAGUGAGACGCCGUGUUUUGACGACAUCGUAUCCAAAGUGGACGGAUGUCAGAUUCCUGUGAAGGACAUUUCCCUGCUGUCAGAUCAUAUGAAAAUCAAAAAGUUGUAUAAAGUCACUCCCCAGGAGGAGAAGUGUGGGACUCUUCUGGAUGCAGUUGUGUCCAGAAUGGCCACCAAAGACGUCUUGUAGUGAAACUGAACCAGGAUCUGUGUUUCUUACUGAAUAAUGGUGUUUGCAGUUUUCCUUUAUUCUAUAAUAAUAUUCUGUGCUCUAUCUUUAGUACUAUUUCCUAAUAUUCCACUAAUUUGUACCGCACUCAAUCCAAAACUGUAUCUAUUUUACAAAACAAUCUGUUUC